AUGGCCAGCAACACUCACACCGAUGACUUGGACGAGCUUCUCGAUAGUAAAUUUCCCUACGAUUUUAAAUUGAUUUUUGCUAUUCAACCCUCGCGUGUUCACGAAUUCUAUUUGUCUAAUGGUGUGAUUGGCGCCUUGGAUGAUUUCAAGGAUCUCAAUCUAGCUCAAAGAAAUGGAGGGGUGAGAAAAGAAGAUGGUGAUGAAAAGGAGAAGGAGUCAUUGCCAAGUGGGGUUCAGGGUCUUGGAAUGGGUUUACCAGAUAUGAGGAGCAAGAAGAAAGGAAAGGAGAAGGUUGCAAAACAGGACCAUGUUGCAGAGGCUCUUAAUAAGCUCAAAGAGCAAACUAGAGAAACGGUCAAGGGGCUUGAGUCCUUGUCAUCGAAGCAGCAGCAGCCUCCGGGUUCUGAUGAUGCUAUGGUCGAAGAUUGGAUCAAGCAAUUCGAGGAUCUUACUGGAUCUCAGGACUUGGAGUCGAUAGUGGACACGAUGAUGCAACAGCUAUUAUCGAAGGAUAUUCUUCAUGAACCAAUGAAAGAGAUCGGCGCAAGAUACCCGAAAUGGCUAGAAGAGCAUGAAAGCACUCUAAACAAAGAAGAAUACGAACGUUAUUCUCGGCAGUAUGAACUAAUCAAAGAACUCAACUUGGUGUACGAGAACGAACCAAACAGCUCAACAAAGAUAAUGGAGAUUAUGCAGAAGAUGCAAGAGUGUGGACAACCACCGAGUGAUAUAGUGCAAGAGAUGGAUCCUGGCUUUGAUUUUGCAAGUCUUGGACAAAUGUCUCCGGAUAUGCUUGAGUCUUCACCAAAUUGUUGUGUAAUGUGA